AUGAGUUCGGUGUCGACCAAAGAGGCGGAAGAGUUGGAGAAAUCGCGGAAACACUUAAGUCUUUUGCGCGAAGAAUACGUGAAAUUACAGCAAAAGUACUGCGAUUUGGAGAAGCGAUACAAUCUUCUGAAUGCUUCCUCCGGAGUGGUGGACGACAACUCAUUCGUGUCACGACUGGUCCGAAAUGUGGCCAAUCUUUUCGACAAAGAGCUCUACUCGGAUCUAACCAUUAAACUGAAUGGCAGUUCAAUCAAAGGCCAUAAGUUUGUGUUGUCGUCGCGCAGUGACACAUGGGAUCAAUUGGAUCACACCAACGAACUCGACUUAUCUCACGUCAACUCCGAAGUGGGCUUUCAUUUGGUCCGUUGGGUCUAUACGGACGCCAUUGACUUCAGUCAUCGCAACGAAGACUUCAUACUGGAUGUGAUGCGGAGCGCCAAGAGGUACGACUUGAACCCAUUGGUGGAGCUCUGCGAACAGACUCUCAUGUCUUUCGUCAAUGUCUCCAAUUGUGUCCAAUUCUAUCAGACGGCCGACGAGAUCGGCGCCGAACAUCUCAAGAACCACUGUUCGGAACUCGUGUCCACCCAUUGGGAUGACUUCACGAGCGAUGACUUUGUGUCGAUGUCGGCGCCACUGCUCUACCAGAUGUUCAAAACGAAGACCGAAUACCCAUUGCAUACAGCGAUUAGGAUUAAGAGAGAGGACGUGCUGUUCCUCUAUUUGAUUGAAUUUGACGCUCAGUUGGCGUUGAAGUUGAAUGAGACGGACAGGUCUGGGGAACUGCCCCUCCAUUUGGCCCUUAAGACCAAACAGGAGGACAUCGCGCGCACACUGGUCUCGCAUAAGGCCAAUGUGAACGCCACCGAUGCUAACGGACAGACACUACUGCACCGGGCUAUCCAAAGGGAUGACCACUUCUCGGCUCACUUUCUCAUUAAGAAUAAUGCUUCGGUCGAUACGACUGAUGCCGUCGGCGACGUUCCCCUCCAUCUGUGCGCCGAUAAGACCAACAGUGAAGGUAUGGCCAGAAUUUCCCGCAAUUUGUUGGACUCUGAGGCCGACCCUAACUUCCAGGACAUCGACGGAAACUCCGGUAAUGCCUGUCAUUUCAUUCACAAAAAAUGA